UAAAAUCUCACUGCAAAGGCUUUUUCUUGCUCACUAUUUUUCACUGCUCAACUUUGCUAGCGACCUCUAGCUAGCUACAUAUAUGGAGGAUUCCCAAGCUUUGCACGAAACCCAAUUAGUAUCUGAGACCAAUGACCAGCCCAAACAAAAAGACAUCAUCACUUUCAUGGAUGCUGAAUGGUAUAAUGCUGCAGCUCAAGGCCAAAUUGACAAAUUCAAGGAUUACACAGAGCCUCUAGAUCUUUUGCGCACCCCAAACAAAAAUACAGUCCUACAUGUUUACAUCACAGCAGUAAAAAAGGAAACGGAAGAAUCCAUUGAAUUUGUAAAACUAGUUAUCAGCAAAUGUCUAUCGCUGCUAUCUGAGCCCAACAUCAAAGGCGAAACUCCGCUGCACAUUGCAGCAAGGUUCGGGCACAAAAAUAUAGUUGAAUUUCUUAUUCAUAGCAUCAAGAAGGCUCAAUACGAAGACCUUGAGAGAGGCGCAGAGGCGUCAACGAGUGCUAAGAUGCUGAAGAAGACAAGCACAGAUGAAGACACAGCCUUACAUGAGGCAGUGAGAAAUAAUCAUCCUCAAGUGGUGGAAAUAUUGAUUAGAGAAAAUCCUGAAUUUGCGAACAUAGCUAAUGCCGCCCGAGAAAGCCCGCUGUACCUUGCAGCGGUGAGAGAGAACAAUAUCAUUGCCUCUAAGAUAUUGGAGAUAUGUCCCUCACCAGCAUACAGCGGUCCCAAUGGUAAAACAGCUUUGCACGAAGCCGUUACAAGUAAAGAUGAAGAUUUGAUAGGAAAAAUACUUGAAAAAAACAGUAGUCUAACAAAAGAACAAGACAAAGAAGGAUGGACUCCGCUGCAUUAUGCUUCCUAUUUCAAUCUUCUUCAAAUUGUGCAAGUGUUAUUACUAAAAGAUGGUAAAUCUGCUGCCUAUAUUGGCGAUAAAAGCGGAAAAACACCUCUUCAUGUUGCGAUUUUCCACGGCAAAAGCCAUUUAAAGGUGGUGGAAAAAAUUAUGUCAGACUGCCCAGAUUGCUGCGACCUGGUUGACAAUAGAGGCCGAAAUGUUCUCCAUUUUGCUGUGGAAAGCAGGAGUUUUGAAGGAGUGAAAACUAUUACUGAAAAACCUUUCCUGGCUAACCUAAUAAAUCAGAAAGAUAAAGAUGGGAACACUCCGGCCCAUCUGCUUGCUACUUAUGGCUUUUCAGAGUGUUGUCUUACAGAGCACCACCUAGUUGAUAAAAAGGCCAUCAACAAUGAAAAUUUAACUGCUCUGGACGUAGUGGUAAAAACGAAGGAUGAAAGCAAUAUGCCAUUUCUGGGAUGGACAAAGAGAAAACUAGAGAAGGUUGGAUAUAAACCAGGUCGGCCUUCAAUUAUCCAGCUCACAGAACGUGAUAACAUGUCAAGACUCGACAAUGAGUUAAUCACUGAACUCGAGAAGGCGAGUCAAUCCCAUCAGAUAGUAGCCACCCUCAUAGCAACGAUAACUUUUGCGGCAGGUUUCACCUUACCUGGCGGUUACAGUGAUCACGAUGGCCCCGACAAAGGAACAGCAAUUUUAACUAGAAGAUCAGCCUUCAAAACUUUCCUUGUAACUGAUACCCUUGCGUUUGCCCUCUCCAUUUCUGUUGUGCUUAUCCACUUCUUAUUGACAUUGCAAUCAUCCAAGAGAAAGUACUUUAAUCUAUUCGUUGCGGCUGCUUACUUCACUUUAAUUGCUAUGGCAUUAAUGGUGGUGGCAUUCAUGACAGGUGUGUAUGCAGUGAUGCCAAGUUCCUCAUCAGGUCUUGGGGCUACCAUUUGUGUCAUCGGAAGUUGUUUGGGCUUAUUGUAUUUCUGCGUGCUCAAGGUUACUUUCUAUGAUUAACUGACUAAUACUUGGACUGUUGUACAAUUAAAGAGCAGUGUAUAAUUAGAAAAAUAUGUAAAAUUA